CAGCUCACUCUCAGCCUAUUCUUUCUACUAUCCUCUCUGCUGUUUCCUGUCCAGAGUCAUCAUGGCCUUCUGCACACAAUUGAAGCUCCUACUGUGGAAAAAUUAUACGUAUCGAAAAAGACAACCGAUCCAGCUUCUAGUGGAGUUACUAUGGCCCCUUUUCCUCUUCUUCAUCUUGGUGGCCGUCCGCCACUCCCACCCCCCAAUGGAGCACCACGAAUGCCACUUUCCAAACAAGCCGCUACCAUCUGCAGGCACGGUGCCCUGGCUACAGGGCCUUAUCUGCAAUGUAAACAACUCCUGUUUCCAGCAGCCAACGCCUGGGGAGAAGCCUGGAGUCCUGAGCAACUUUAAGGAUUCCCUGAUCUCGAGGGUCCUUGCGGAUGCUCGCACAGUGCUGGGGGGCCGCAGCACCAGGGAGAUGCUUGCUGCCCUGGGGAAACUGAUGCCCUUGCUCAGAGCCAUGGGAGGUGGAGUCUGGCCACAAGACAGUGACCUACAGAACAAGCAAGCAUCAAUGACCACUGAGCUCAAAAAGAUCCUGCAAGGGGCAUCCCUGGAGCCUAUGCUGGGUCAAGUCCAGGAUCCCAUGAGGAAGUUCUUGAAUGCCACUGGAGGUCUUACCCAGGAGCUCCUGACACUGCCUAGCCUGCUGGAACUCCAAGCUUUGCUGCACAGGCCCCAAGGGUCUGCUGGUUCGCUGGAGCUGAUUUCAGAGGCCCUCUGCAGUACCAAGGGGCCCAGCAGCCCAGGGGGCCUCUCCCUCAACUGGUAUGAUGCCAGCCAGCUCAAUGAGUUCAUGGGUCCAGAGCUGGCCCCUGCCCUGCCUGACGGCAGCCUCAGCCCUGCCUGCUCUGAGUUCGUGGGGGCACUGAAUGACCACCCUGUGUCUCGACUGCUCUGGAGGCGCCUCAAGCCAUUGAUUCUUGGGAAAAUUCUCUUUGCCCCUGACACGAACUUCACCAGGAAGCUCAUGGCCCAGGUGAACCGGACCUUUGAGGAGCUGGCUCUGUUGAAGGACCUACAAGAGGUCUGGGAGGUGCAUGGACCCCAGAUCUUCGACUUCAUGAAUGACAGUUCAAACAUGGCCAUGCUUCAGAGACUGCUGGAAGUGGAGGCCUUUGGGCAGAGGCAGCAGACACCCAGAGGCCAGCAGCAGUUGGAGGCUGUCAGAAAUUUUCUGGACCCUAGUAGGGGUGGCUACAGCUGGCGGGAUGCCCAUGCAGAUAUAGGGCGCCUGGCAGGAAUCCUGGGCCAAAUCAUGGAGUGUGUGUCCCUUGACAAGCUGGAAGCUGUGCCCUCAGAGGCAGCUCUUGUGUCCCGUGCCCUGGAGCUGCUGGAUGAGCGCCGCCUCUGGGCAGGCAUUGUCUUCCUGAGCCCUGAGGAUCCUCUGGACACAUCUGAGCUGUCAUCUCCAGCCCUGGGUCCUGGCCACCUGCGAUUCAAGAUCCGAAUGGAUAUUGAUGAUGUCACAAGGACCAAUAAGAUCAGGGACAAGUUUUGGGACCCAGGGCCAUCUGCAGAUCCUCUCAUGGACCUUCGAUAUGUGUGGGGUGGCUUCGUGUACCUGCAGGACCUGCUGGAGCAGGCAGCUGUGCGUGUGUUGAGUGGAGGGGACUCCCACACUGGCCUCUAUCUGCAGCAGAUGCCCCAUCCCUGCUAUGUGGAUGAUGUGUUCCUGCGUGUGCUGAGCCGGUCUCUGCCACUGUUUCUGACUCUGGCCUGGAUCUAUUCUGUGGCGCUCACCGUGAAGGCUGUGGUGCGCGAGAAAGAGACACGGCUAAGAGAGACCAUGCGUGCAAUGGGGCUGAGCCGAGCGGUGCUCUGGCUUGGUUGGUUCCUCAGCUGCCUGGGACCUUUCCUGGUCAGCGCUGCGAUGCUGGUGUUAGUGCUCAAGCUAGGGGACAUCCUUCCUUACAGCCACCCGACUGUCCUCUUCUUCUUCUUGGCGGCCUUUGCGGUGGCUACUGUGGCUCAGAGUUUUCUGCUCAGUGCCUUCUUCUCCAGGGCCAACCUGGCAGCUGCCUGUGGGGGCCUCAUCUACUUCUCCCUCUACCUGCCCUACGUGCUAUGUGUCGCCUGGCGUGAACGCCUGCCCAUGGGUGGCCGGGUAGCUGCGAGCCUGCUGUCCCCUGUGGCCUUCGGCUUUGGAUGUGAAAGCCUGGCGCUCUUGGAGGAGCAGGGGGACGGGGCUCAGUGGCACAAUUUGGGCAGGGCCCCCGCGGAAGACGUCUUCAGCCUGGCACAGGUGUCUGCCUUCCUGUUGCUGGACGCCGCCAUCUACGGCCUUGCCCUUUGGUACCUAGAGGCCAUAUGCCCAGGCCAGUAUGGGAUGCCUGAACCAUGGAAUUUCCCCUUUCGGAGGAGCUACUGGUGUGGGCCUGGACCCCAGGGUUCUAACUUGGCCCCUGCCCCACAGGAUCCAAAGGUUCUGGUGGAAGAUCCACCGCCUGGCCUCAUUCCUGGCGUCUCCAUCCGUGGCCUCAAGAAGCAUUUUCAUGGCUGUCCACAGCCAGCCCUACGAGGACUCAGCCUUGACUUCUACCAAAACCACAUUACUGCCUUUUUGGGUCACAACGGGGCUGGCAAGACAACUACACUGUCCAUCUUGAGUGGCCUUUUCCCACCCAGUGGUGGCUCAGCCUCCAUCCUGGGCCAUGAUGUGCAAACCAACAUGGCAGCCAUCCGGCCCCACCUGGGCAUCUGCCCACAGUACAAUGUGCUGUUUGACAUGCUGACAGUAGAAGAGCAUGUGUGGUUCUAUGGCCGUUUGAAAGGCGUAAGUGCAGCUGCCAUAGGCGCCGAACAGGAACGUCUCAUACGGGAUGUGGGACUCAUCCCCAAGCGGGACACUCAGACACGUCACCUGUCUGGUGGGAUGCAGCGAAAACUGUCUGUGGCCAUUGCCUUUGUGGGCGGCUCUCGUGUAGUUAUCCUGGAUGAGCCCACUGCUGGUGUGGAUCCUGCUUCCCGCCGGGGCAUUUGGGAAUUGCUACUUAAGUAUAGAGAAGAUCGUACACUGAUCCUCUCUACUCACCACCUGGACGAGGCAGAGCUCCUGGGAGAUCGAGUGGUCAUGGUGGCAAGUGGCACUUUGUGCUGCUGUGGGUCUCCGCUUUUCUUGCGUCGACACUUGGGCUGUGGUUACUACCUGACGCUGGUGAAGAGUCCUCAGCCCCUCAACACCCAGGACUCACAGGGAAUCAACAGCGAACCCAGACAGGAGCAGAAGCCAGACACCAAGGGCAACAUGGCAGGGACAACCCUCACCCAAGGAGCCUCGGAGAGGAACAGCCAGGCCCCAGCUCCUGAUGCAGCCCCUGUCACCCCAAGUACACCCCAGAUACUAGAUCUAGUGAAGCGUCAUGUUCCUGAGGCUGAGCUGGUGGAGGACCUGCCCCAUGAGCUGUUGCUGGCAUUGCCCUACACGGGUGCCCUGGAUGGCAGCUUUGCCAUGGUCUUCCAAGAGCUGGAUCAGCAACUGGAGGCCCUGGGGCUCACUGGCUAUGGGAUCUCAGACACCAACCUGGAGGAGAUCUUCCUAAAGGUGGUGGAGGAUGUACACAGAGAAGAUGGUGACCCUAGACAGUACCUGCACCCUCCUCGCACAGCUGCUCUGCAGCCCCACACAGGGCCAGAGGUGUCGGCCCUGGAGAACGGGGAGCUGGCUAGGUUGAUGCUGGAUUCCCAGGCCUUGCAGGGUUUCACACCCAACGCUGCUCCAGUGCAGGGCUGGACACUGACCUGCCAACAGCUCCGUGCUCUGCUCCACAAGCGUUUUCUGCUUGCCCAUCGCAGCCACCGGGGCCUGUUUGCACAGAUUGUGCUGCCUGCUCUCUUUGUGGGCCUGGCCCUGCUCUUCAGCCUCAUUGUCCCACCAUUUGGCCAAUACCCACCCCUGCGGCUCAGCCCCGCCAUGUACGGCCCCCAGGUCUCCUUCUUCAGUGAAGAUGCCCCUGGGGACUCCAACCGGGUGAAGCUGCUGGAGGCUCUGCUGAGGGAAGCCGGGCUCCAAGACCCCAGCAUGCAGGCCAUAGCUGCCAGGGGAUUCAACUGCACAAGCUCAUUGGAUUGCUACUUCUCGGUGCCCGAAGUCCCUGCGGAUGUGGCCCACAUCCUGGCCAGUGGCAACUGGACUGCAGAGUCUCCAUCCCCAGCCUGCCAAUGCAGCCAGCCUGGAGCCCGCCGCCUGCUUCCUGACUGCCCAGCUGGUGCUGGGGGUCCACCACCACCCCAGGCAGUGGCUGGCUUGGGGGAGGUGGUCCAGAACCUCACUGGCAGAAAUGUGUCUGACUUCCUGGUGAAGACUUACUCCAGUCUGGUGCGCCAGGGCCUGAAGACUAAGAAGUGGGUGGACGAGGUCAGGUAUGGAGGCUUCUCCCUGGGAGGCCGAGACCCAGACUUGCCCUCAGGGCGUGAGGUGGUCCGCACAGUGUCAGAGAUGCGGGCGCUGCUGAGCCCCCAACCUGGUAAAGCCCUAGAUCGUAUCCUGAACAACCUCACUCAGUGGGCCCUUGGCCUUGAUGCCCAGAACAGCCUUAAGAUCUGGUUCAACAACAAGGGCUGGCAUGCCAUGGUGGCCUUUGUGAACCGAGCCAACAAUGGACUCCUACAUGCUCUCCUACCAAAGGGCAUAGCCCGCCGUGCCCACAGCAUCACUACACUCAACCAUCCUUUGAACCUGACCAAGGAGCAGCUGUCUGAGGCUGCACUGAUGGCCUCCUCGGUGGAUGUUCUUGUCUCCAUAUGUGUGGUCUUCGCCAUGUCCUUUGUCCCAGCCAGCUUCACCCUGGUCCUCAUUGAAGAACGUGUCACCAGAGCCAAACACCUGCAGCUGGUCAGCGGUCUGCCCCAAACCCUAUACUGGCUUGGCAAUUUUCUCUGGGACAUGUGUAACUACUUGGUGGCAGUGUGCAUAGUGGUGCUCAUCUUCCUGGCUUUCCAGCAGAGGGCCUAUGUGUCCCCACAGAACCUGCCUGCACUGCUUCUCUUGCUACUGCUCUAUGGCUGGUCAAUCACACCUCUCAUGUACCCAGCCUCUUUCUUCUUCUCCGUGCCUAGCACAGCCUAUGUGGUGCUCACCUGCAUCAACCUCUUCAUUGGCAUCAAUAGCAGCAUGGCCACCUUUGUACUGGAACUGCUUUCGGAUCAGAACUUGCAAGAAGUAAGCCGGAUUCUGAAGCAAGUGUUUCUUAUCUUCCCCCACUUCUGUCUGGGCCGAGGGCUUAUCGACAUGGUGCAGAACCAGGCCAUGGCAGAUGCCUUUGAGCGCUUGGGAGACAAGCAAUUCCAGUCACCACUUCACUGGGACAUCAUCGGCAAGAACCUUCUGGCCAUGGUGGCCCAGGGGCCCCUGUUCCUCCUCAUCACACUCCUGCUCCAGCACCGGAAUCAUCUCCUGCCACAAUCCAAACCAAGACUGCUGCCACCCCUGGGAGAGGAGGAUGAGGACGUGGCGCGGGAGCGGGAGCGGGUGACCAAGGGGGCCACCAAGGGGGACAUGCUGGUCCUCCGGGACUUGACCAAGGUGUACCGUGGGCAGAGGAGCCCCGCUGUGGAUCGUCUGUGCCUGGGGAUCCCCCCUGGGGAGUGUUUCGGGCUGCUGGGCGUCAAUGGAGCAGGGAAGACAUCCACCUUCCGUAUGGUGACAGGGGACACACUGCCCAGCAAUGGGGAAGCAGUGUUGGCAGGACACAAUGUAGCCCUGGAGCCAGCUGCUGCACACCGCAGCAUGGGCUACUGUCCCCAGUCUGAUGCCAUCUUCGACCUGCUGACCGGCCGGGAACACCUGGAGCUGUUUGCGCGCCUGCGCGGGGUGCCCAAGGCCCAGGUUGCCCAGACAGCGCUCUCCGGCCUGGUGCGCCUGGGCCUUUCUAGCUAUGCGGACCGACCCGCGGGUACCUACAGCGGAGGCAACAAGAGGAAGCUGGCGACAGCCUUGGCUCUGGUUGGGGACCCAGCUGUGGUCUUUCUGGAUGAACCCACCACAGGCAUGGAUCCAAGCGCGCGGAGAUUUCUUUGGAACAGCUUGCUGUCCGUGGUGCGCGAGGGCCGCUCCGUGGUGCUGACAUCGCACAGCAUGGAGGAAUGCGAAGCGCUCUGUACGCGCCUGGCCAUCAUGGUGAAUGGGCGGUUCCGAUGUCUGGGAAGUGCUCAGCACCUCAAAGGCAGGUUCGGGGCUGGCCACACACUGACCCUUAUGGUCCCACCGGAACAGCCUGAACUGACGAUAGCCUUCAUCAUGGCCACAUUCCCGGGUGCUGUGCUCCGGGAGAUGCAUGGCAGUCGCCUUCGAUUCCAACUGCCACCUGGGGGUGGCUGCACCCUAGCACGAGUGUUCCGGGAGCUGGCUGCACAUGGCAAGGACCACGGUGUGGAAGACUUCUCAGUUAGCCAGACCACUCUGGAGGAGGUGUUCCUACAUUUCUCCAAAGACCAAGGGGAAGAGGAGGAGGGCAGCCAGCAGGAGGCUGGAGACCAGGGAUUUUCCACAUCAGGCCUGCAGCACCCCAAACACAUCGGCCGAUUCCUGGAAGACCCCAGCUCUGUGGAGACCGUGCUCUGAGCAUGCCUGCCUUGGGGCUGAGUGGUAAAGGCCAGCCAGAGAGUCCUUGAGCCAUAAGCUGACUCUGAGAUUGCCCUGGGCCCUGGAGGAAAUAAAGAGAAAUAAGGAGACA